UACUUGAAUGGAGACCAUUUAUAAAUCCUAAACUCCAGAGGAGCUUGGAGCCAGAACAUCAAAGAAGAAAAAGGGAAAUACUAAAGAAUGAAAAAUACAGAGAAGAAAUAAAAACAACGAGCAAAGAUUAUCAUGAAAAGGAAAAACACCUUAGUAAAGAGACCAAGGAACUCUUGGCUCCACCAGUUCAAACUCAAAUUAAAGGUCAUGCCUCUGCUCCAUACUUUGGAAAGGAAGAACCCUCAGUGGCUCCCACCAGCACUGGUAAAACCUUUCAGCCAGGAUCCUGGAUGCCACAAGACGGCAAGAGCCACAAUCAAUGAAUGCACUAUGAUAAAAUAAUUUCAUUUAUAUGGAUGACUAUUUUAAUAAUUAAAAGGAGUAAAAAGUUACUUUGUAUUUUCUGAAUGUACAAUAGUUCUCUAUUCCAUGAAGAGAUCAUUUUUAGAAUGCAUAAGAAAUGUGAGAUUAUGAACCAUAGAAGGCUAACUUCUUUUAGACUUAAUCCUUCAUUUGAUUUAGUCAUCAUUCUGCUUAUGAAUUUGCUUCGAUUUGUUUUUCCCUCCUUGGGUUACUCCCUUGAGAGGUGUAAUGCUCCCUUGUAGCUGUGAAUGCUCAGUACAUUUUGGAUCAUUAAGAUAAUUUAGGAACCACCCUCAGAUAUAUCUUGCUAGAAAUAAGGGUAAAUAGUGAGCUCUCCCAAAUUAUAAAAGAAAAAAAGUGAAAACAUUUUUAUUUCUGGAGAAGUACCAUGUAGGAUUCUAAAGGACUAAUCAAAAAUGUGAACUUGGAUAAAACAUGCAGGAAAAGAAAAUUCAGUUGAUAAAUGAAACAGAAGCCAUAAAUACCUUGAUGAGAAGAUGAGACAAAAGCUAGCUUAUGGUGGGAUUGUGGUUGGAGUUUGAAGAGAAGAAUUAGGACCAAUAUAGGUAGACAAUUCAUCACAAAAGCAUGAAAGGACAGUAAAGAGAGAAAUGGAGUUCCACGAGAUCUAAAAUUACUUUGGAAAAUGGAAAGUAGAGGACUCUCAGAAAGCAGAAAGCAAUUCCACUGAUAGUUGGGACUCCAGUGGCUUAUAUAUUAAAGAAAAAUGUACACAUAAAAAUGUACACAUUAAAACACUGAUUACAUAAUAAAAGUAUUUUUAGAGGA